UUAGGGGCGCGGCCAAAAUGUUUAUUAUUACCAGCAGAACAAACACAAAGAGCCGCCGGUCUUCAGAAGGAGACCAAGGACGAAUUGAAUAAGGCACGGAGCAAUCGGGCGGGGUAUAAGUGAAGCGAAUUGCUCCUCUUCGUCGCAACAAACCAUGUCUUCAGUAGCCAGGGCACCGUCUCGUUACUCUACCCCCGGGAUGUUCAGCACAUUCAAGUUGGACUGCAAGGCUGCCGCACUCGAGUUCGUCGGGACAGCGUUCUUUCUACUCCUAGGGCUCGGCGGUAUCCAGGCAGCCAAUGGCGAGGCUGAGUCCAGUGGCACCACCAUCGGACAUGUGAUGUACAUCGCCACAUCCAUGGGUUUCAGCCUUCUGGUCUCCGCUUGGUUGUUCUACAGGGUCACUGGUGGCCUCUUCAACCCCAAUAUCACACUCGCACUGUUUCUCGUGGGAGUGAUGAAUCCCGUAAGGUUCGUGUUGUUCUGCAUCGCACAGCUGGUCGGAAGCAUCGCCGCAUCGGCCUUGUUGCUUGCACUGACCCCUGGACCGCUGGCUGUCAACACGUUCCUCCAAAAGGGAAUCAAUUCAGCUCAAGGCGUUUUCAUCGAAAUGUUCCUCACAGCGGCGCUGGUGUUAGCCGUACUGAUGCUUGCCGCUGAAAAAUCCCAGGUUACUCCAUUUGCACCGGUAGGCAUUGGGCUGACACUGUUCGUUGGACAACUAUGGGCCGUCUUUUAUACGGGUGCGGCUAUGAAUACGGCACGUGCAUUCGGGCCUGCUGUCGUCACUGGGUUUCCUUACCCUAGCCAAUGGGUGUACUGGGUCGGACCUUUCCUCGGUUCUCUGCUGGCGUCUGCUUUCUACGCCAUGUUGAAAUGGCAAGUAAGAUCUCCGUGCUUGCUCAAAUCUACUAACUCCCAUCGCAGGAUGCACUAUCAGGAUUUGAAUCCUGCACAGGCGUCCACGCAUGAGAAGGACUCGCCAGAUCCGCUUGCUGUGGCACCGAGUAGUACGAAGGAGCCUUUGUCUGACGGAAAUGGUGCAGGAAGGAGCGAGGGAAGCGGGCCAAGUGAAGUAUAGAGUCAAUUUCCAAGGAUCUUUGCUCAAACUAGAGUAUGUAAGCCAAUCGGCAGCACAGUUGUAAUUCACACACGCAGGCGUAAACGGUG